AUGCACCGUAUUAACUCGUGGGCGAAAGCUCACGCCUCUUCUCGCGGCCUGCCAAACCAACCCUCCACCCUCCCCGAGGCCACGAGCCAGAUUCCCGAAGUUGAUCCGUCCACGGAAUCUUCUUCCACCCUCAAGGAUGAUCAAGUGACUGCACCAUCCGGCGGCCCUGUCACUACGGCAGGGCCCGCAGAGGAAGAGAAAUCUCAAAACCCGGGCCUCGUCACCCGCAUGCGCAACGGGACGGGCCGGUUCUACAAUCACACCAAGGAUGCCCUCUGCCACAGCUGGGUCAACGUCCUGCUGGUCUUCGUACCAGUGGGUAUUGCCGUCGAAGCUGCCGGCCUCAACCCAGCUGUCAUCUUCGCAAUGAACGCUGUGGCUAUCAUCCCUCUGGCGGGUCUACUUAGCCAUGCUACCGAGAGUGUGGCUAGCCGACUGGGCGACACCAUGGGCGCCCUGAUCAACGUCUCGUUCGGUAAUGCCGUCGAGCUGAUCAUUUUCAUCAUUGCUCUGGUCAAGAAUGAAAUUCGUAUCGUCCAGGCUUCCUUGCUGGGUUCAAUCCUGGCAAACCUGCUCCUGAUUCUGGGUAUGGCGUUCCUACUAGGUGGUCUGCGAUUCCAGGAACAGAUCUACAACAGUACUGUCACCCAGAUGAGUGCUUGUAUGCUCAGUCUGGCCGUGACCAGUCUGCUUCUACCCACUGCUUUCCAUGCCUCGUUCUCGGACGCUGAAGAAGCCGAUCGACGAACUCUCAAGGUUAGCCGUGGUACCAGUGUGGUUCUCUUGCUGGUGUACAUCUUGUAUAUCCUCUUCCAGCUGAGAACCCAUUCCUACCUCUAUGCCAGUAUUCCACAACGCAUCAUCGACGAGGAGUCGCACCCCGGUGUUCUGGCCGAUUUCAUGAACAGCUCUUCCGAUUCCUCGAGCAGCUCCAGUGACGAAUCCGUUGACACCACGAGCUCCUGGACCACUGCCAAGCGCAUCAAGAGGGCCAUGAAGAAUCGCCGCCGUCGCAAGUCCAGUACCAGCUCCAAGGGCACCACCUCACGUCAAUCUGUUCAGAAGAAGGUUAUUAUCGACGAGAAUCCAGCCUCCGUUGGUAACUCGAUCGCCAGCAAUGAAGCUAACUCCUGUGCUGUCGACAUUGGUGAGGAGAUCCGCUAUGAUGCCGAUGACGAUGCGGGCCAGGCCUCCGAGUUCCGCUCUCGUGACUUUGGUAUCGCUAUGAACCGCAUGGAAAGUGCCCGUAGCGAGAAGGAGCGCAAGCGUGAACGCAAGAAGCGCAGAGAGCAGAGAGCCGAAAAGGCUCGCAGCAAGCCUUCCGGCCAAGCAGAGCAGUCACAGGAUGCCCGGCCUUCGAUGAAGGGAUUCACCUCGACCCCCAACUGUGCUGGCGUGCCAGGCGCCGGAGAAACUGAACAGCGGAAACGCUCACCCUUCGGCCCGAUUCCUUCUCUAUUGUCCAACACAGUUUUCAGUUCCCAGACUCCUGCCCAAUCCCCUCAGCUGGGGACUGCCGCCUCGCGCCCUGGAAUCUCUCGUAGUAACUCGCUCCCCGCUCGUGUCAGUCGUCAACCCCCCGUUGGCAAUGCCGUUCAAUUCGCCCGUGGUGCUGCUCGCGUGGCUGGCCCCACCGACGCAGUGGCCCCUGAGACUGCCGUCGUGGAGGCUGAACCGGAGAUGUCGCGUACCGCUGCCGUGGUCAUGCUGCUCCUGUCUACCGGUCUGGUCGCUGUCUGUGCCGAGUUCCUCGUUGACGCUAUUCCCGACAUGGUCGCCAACUCGUCCGUCAGUGAGGCAUUCAUUGGUUUGAUUAUCCUGCCUAUUGUCGGUAAUGCGGCCGAGCACGUUACGGCCGUUAGCGUGGCCAUGAAGAACAAGAUGGAUCUUUCCAUAGGUGUUUCCGUUGGAAGUAGUAUCCAGAUUGCCAUCUUUGUCACUCCUCUCGUCGUCAUCCUAGGCUGGUGUAUGGACAAGGACAUGUCCUUGUACUUUACCUUGUUCGAGACCAUUUGUCUGUUUGUCACUGCAUUUGUGGUGAAUUUCCUGGUCCUGGAUGGCCGGAGUAACUAUCUCGAGGGUGCACUUUUGCUUGCCGCCUACAUUAUUAUUGCUUUGGCGGCUUUCUUCUACCCAGGCGACAACGAGACUAGCACCCUGGCUGGCUCUUAA